AUGAAGACAGACUCUGAUACCUACUGGUGUGGAGUGGGUAGAUUUGGCCCAGACACAUUCCAAGAGGUGCAUCUCAUAGUUACAGAUGGUAAGUGAAUACUCCAUAUAAAUUGGUAUCUAGUAAUGAAAUUCCUGAAUUAUUUCCUGACAUAAAGUAUUGGUGUUUAUAUGUACUUUCUAUUGACUCACAGCUCCUCCCACUCCUACACCGUCACCUGUCACCUCCAGACCCCAUGUCUCCACAACCCUCCCAAACCUCUCUGCAGCAUCCCCAAACACCUCCACAAUCCUCCCUAACCUCUCCACAACAUCCUCUUACCUCUCCACGUUUCUGGCAUCUGGAGAUAUCAGUGGUCCUCCUUUAUCAAGAGCAGGUAUGAUGAACCUCUCAUCUUAGACAUUAGAACUAAUAUGCUGUGAUAAGAAAUGCCUGUAAUGCUGGAGAAAAUCAAUUGUCUGUUCAUGCAUUGGACAAAUGUCACUACUUUCUUUCUUUUUCUCUCUCUUUCUCUCUCUCUCUCUCUCUCUCUCUCUCUCUCUCUCUCUCUCUCUCUCGCUCUCUCUCUCGCUCUCUCUCUCAGCUCAUUUAUAUCUGUCCCAGGCAGGGGCGGUGUGUUCAUUAGGGCGAUAUGGGCGACGCACUGCCAAACGGGAAAAUAAAGGGAUUUUUUUUCUAAUCAAUUAUAUCAUAUCAGUGUUCUAAUCUAGACGUCUGAUCUGCCACUAAAUGUCCAAUCAGGCUAAAGUCGUGCUUCAAAUGUCCCCGCCCGUUUUGGGGCGAUUUCAGUCAGGUUGAAAAUCGCCCAGAAGUCUCUCAAAGCCUCUAAUGUAAAAUCAAUUUUUUUCAAAUAUCAGAGCUUUCAAUACAAUCUCUAUGGGUUUCUGAGGGCUUGCACUUACGCGCUUUCGUCAUACGUAACAUAACCAUGAACGUAACUAAAAAAAGAGCGGGUAGCCUCAUCAAUCAAUUCACUACUACUGUCAAAAUGGCAGUGCAACUCGAUUGUCUCUUUGAAAGAAGUUCCUUUUUGUCGGCGAACAAAUCAAGAUAAAUUGGCAACGAAACAAUUAGGACCUCCCAGACCAAAUUUAAUAAUUCAACAGGUUUCUACUAAAGGGGAAAAGUCAUACACCCGAGGAUUUUCCAAAAAUUGGUAUGAACGAAAAAUCUGGCUAGCAGGCUGCGAUGUAGCUAAUGCAGUUUUCUGCUACCAGCCCACCGUGAGAGAGGCAUCUGGCUACGUGAGGAUGAUGAAGAUUUUAUUUUUUUCCUGCGGCUUUUUCACAAAAUCAUGCCCCACGUCGACAUUCUGUACCAGAAGCUACAGAAGAAGGACAUCGAUGCUGUCUUUAUCAAACGUGCCCUCGACAGCUUCACAAGCAGUGUUAGGAACACUUGCUCGUUCCAUGAAGUAGACUGACCAGGUGAAAGCUAUGAUCCCUGAUCCCUUGAAAGGUGUAUGGUAUAAGGUAAGAUUAAACAAUAUCAUUCGAUCUUUCAUUUUCACAAGUCAUUGAACGCUUUGCUGUAUUGAAACAGAGAAGAGAACAGUUUCAUAACAAGUAAUGUAGCCUCUCUCUCUCUUUGUCCCUCCCUGUCUGUCUCUUUAACACACACACGCCCAAAUCAGUUCACAGUUGAUGUUGUUUAAAAUAGUUAUUUUUCAUUUAAAAAAAAGUUUUUAAAAAAAUAAUCUGUUCAUGUUCAUUUUUACAAAUCUAUACAAUUGGCCAGAAUAUGGUUGUUCAUAUUUACAAAUCUAUACAAUUGGCCAGAAUAUGGUUGUUCAUUUUUACAAAGCCAUACAGAUAGCUGUGUUUACCAUUUCUAGAAAUUACUUUCAAAUUCUGUUUUCAGGCAAAAUGUCUAUCACUGUUCAUUUUCACAAAUCUAUACAAGAGGGCAGAAUAUGGAAGUCUAUAAAAAUGUCUUAUUACCAAUAACUUGCAUCAAUGUUUUCAGUAGCCUCUAUCAAAAGCUCCUGCUUACUUGUUGUGAAUUAUGCUCAGGUGCACAUAUUUCCAAUUCAACCAUGAGGCAAAAAAUGUGGUAAAAGCUCUUGUUGAUCCUGCAAUCUGAACAAAUACCAAGAUGCUGUAUUUUCAGCUGAUAUUUCAUUUGUUUAUGGAAAUGCAUAUUGUUUAUGCAGUGUUGAGGAAUGUGAAAGAACACCCUUGAUUAUUUUUACUGUGAUAACUUAUUUUGAUUUUGUAAGCCAACACUUUUGAGAUCAGUCAAUAAAUGCUUCUGGUAUUGACUUAUAUGCUGCCCCUGUCUUCAUGUUGUUGCUGGACAUAUCUUUUUAAAAAUGUGUGUAGGUCACCUAAAUCAUCAGAAAACUUGCCCCCCCUGAGAAUUUUUUCAGGAGCCGCCACUGGUCCCAGGGAAGAUUUGAGGCCAUGUAGAUGUGAGUCUCUCAGAGGCCCACAGGAUGCAACAUUUGAGGUUCUGUGGAGAGCAGCUGCUGACACCAUGGCCUCUGUUGCUAUAGUUACUCUGAUACCUAUCUUACUCAGACUGUUCCUUUAUCAGACCUUUAUUAUCUAUUCUCUUAUUGCUAUUACUAUUAUAAUUAUUACCCAUCUCUAUUAUCUAUCUAUCUAUCCUCUCUGUCUGUCUGUCUGUCUGUCUGUCUGUCUGUCUGUCUGUCUGUCUGUCUGUCUGUCUGUCUGUCUGUCUGUCUGUCUGUCUGUCUGUCUGUCUGUCUGUCUGUCUGUCUGUCUGUCUGUCUGUCUGUGUUCUGUCUGUCUGUCUGUCUGUCUGUGUUUCUGUCUGUCUGUCUGUCUGUCUGUGUUUCUGUCUGUCUGUCUGUCUGUGUUUUGUCUGUCUGUCUGUCUGUCUGUCUGUCUGUCUGUCUGUCUGUCUGUCUGUCUGUGUUUUGUCUGUCUGUCUGUCUGUCUGUCUGUCUGUCUGUCUGUCUGUCUGUCUGUCUGUCUGUCUGUCUGUCUGUCUGUCUGUCUGUCUGUCUGUCUGUCUGUGUUUUGUCUGUCUGUCUGUCUGUCUGUCUGUCUGUCUGUCUGUCUGUCUGUCUGUCUGUCUGUCUGUCUGUCUGUCUGUCUGUCUGUCUGUCUGUCUGUCUGUCGGUCUGUCUAUCUAUCAGUUUUUUUGUCUGUCUAUCGCUCUGUCUGACUGUCUGUCUGUGUUCUUGUCUAUCUGUCUGUCUGCUUGUCUGUCUUUUGGUCUGUCUGUCUGCCUGUCUGUCACCUGACAGACUCUACCAACCAACUGACCGACCAAACAACUGACCAAUCUUCCAACCUACCUUACUUUACUUUAUUGACUGACCUAUCCACUAGUCUACCGACCAACCCACCAGAUGACCCUGGUAACGAUCCAUCAGUAUGAUAUCUAUAGACUGUAAAGCAUAGGGUUGAGUUAUUCUGGUCUAUGAUAUAUACAGUACUCUGUAAAGUCUCUCCUCCUGUCUGUGGUCAGGUCUGAUGGUGUGGACCAGUGUUGGUCUGGUAGUCAAGGUGACAGUGUUAGGACUGGUCCUGCUCCGGUUCUACAGACAGAGGAGAGGAACCAGGACAACACCACCACCACCACCAGUCUCCUCCAACACACAACCUGACCCUACUGGAGAGGUGAGAGAUACAAGGGCGUGUGUGUGUGUGUGUGUGUGUGUGUGUGUGUGUGUGUGUGUGAGUGUGUGUGUGUGUGUGUGUCCAUAAUAACUUGUGGUGGAGGGGAUAUAGACGGUAAACUAAACAUCUAAAGGUUGAGUGUCUACGUCUACAGCGUCCUCUAGUUGGAUUGUAGCUUGUUAUCAUUCCAUGAAGAAACAAAACAGUGGCUAACAUAUUGAUGAUGGUUGAGGGCCCUCCACUUCUUUUCAUAUCUGACCAUGUAUUUAUUGUCAUUGGUUCUCUAUGCAGGUUGACUGUGUGUAUGAGGAGAUCAGAGAGGCAGAAAGACAGACAGACACACUCCCUGUGGUCAUCUCUUCAGUCUACUCUACUGUCAACUCACCUACCAACUCUACAACCUACCCUGCUGGAAAAGACUCUACAACCUACCCUGCUGGCCAAGCUUCUACAACCUACCCUGCUGGCCAAGUCUCUACAACCUACCCUGCUGGCCAAGCCUCUACAACCUACCCUGCUAGCCAAGCCCCUACAACCUACCCUGCUUGCCGUGCCACCGGUGUCCCACACUGUGACAUCUAUGCUAACGCUAGCUGCCACAAAGAUGAUAUAAAUCCAAGCUAUUCUACUGCAGAUCACCCAGCUUCUCUCAUCUACUCUAAUGUGGAUCUACUGAAAGAUUCUAGAGUCUCUUCAAGCCCUCCAACAGCCAGUGGAACCCAGGAUGAUUCCAUCUAUUCUACAGCCCAGUUACCCAAAGAUACUGUAGAAUCUACAAGAUACCCUGCUGUAUACCUCUCUAAAGACACUCCAGAAGACGCCAUCUACUCUACAGCCUAG